UGACUGUUGACACCAGCGAUGCCGGGGUAAUAUAUAUACUAUCGAUCUGCCCCACCGUGUUUCUACGCUCGAACUCGCCUUUUCACUCGCUUUCCUUCAGGCUUUCCCACCCAUACUACCAUAUCUACCACAUCUACCAUGGGCAUCAAGAACGCCUCUGGCCUCAAAAAGAUCUUUCUAGCCUUGGUAGUGGUCAACCUCGUGGGCCUCGCUGCCUACCACCUGCGCACCACCAAAGUCGACCACAUCAACUUGCGUCCAGGAGACGAGGAGUACCACCAUGUGGAGGAUAUCAACUACGAUGCGCGCAUCCAGGAACUCCUCACCAACGCCAAGGAGCCCAAUUUAAAAAAUCACUUGACGGUGGACUCCAGCAUGUUUCUCAACGAUACCGCCUCGCCCAGCGCCUGGAGAAACAAGGACACCAUUUUCCAGGACCCACGGUUGGCCAUCUCGUUGACGUUGAACCACCUUCGUCACCAGUUGGCCGGCAACUCCACGCUCGAGCUCCCGUUCCACUGGGCAGACUGGGUGGACCUCACCUACUUGAACCACGAACUUGAAAAACCGGUGCACGAGCGCAUGGACUGUAAGCACGUCAAGGAGUACCUCGAAUGCAACAGUAAGGUCGACAGAGCGAGGAUAUACGACAACGACCAGUAUAUCAAGUGCAUGUCGAACGAGGACGUGUCACCCCGGCUCCUCGCCAAGUACGGGUUUUUGGGACACUCCCAGGUGCCUGGGUACAUCUACUACGACUACUCUGACUACAAGACCGAUGAAAAAUACAGAUUGAUGCAGGGAAAGACGUUUUUGUUCACCAACUCGCCCAACCCCUACAAGAUCAUGUUCUUGAACGACCACGGCGAGGAUUUGGUGUACAACGUAACGUCCAAGCAGAAAAUCAUAUUCUCAGGGCUCAUGAACCAGUAUGUUGAGAAUAAUAGGCUCUCCCGCGGCAAGGUGCUCCUCAACCCCGUGAAGGAGUUCAACGCCUUGGUCCAGGCAGAAGGCCUUACCAUUGGCGACAAGACCCAGUACCAGAACUUUUCUGCCGUCAAGGAGUUGACCCCUUCCAUGUUCCACUACGGUCGUGGAGACGUCGAGCUGCAGAUCUCCCUCUACAAGCGUAUGGCUGGGCGUACCGAGCUCGACGUCCUGCAACGGUCGUUCUUAAACUCGCUCGAAAGAAGCAAGGAACACGACUCGGCCAACGAGAUAACCUACUUCAAGAUGUCAUCGAUGAGGGUCAAUGAAAACAACACAGACAACGGCUGGCACUACGACUGGCGGUUCUUCAACGGUAAACUCGUCGACAACCAAAGAACAAACAUUAUCUUGGAGAGAUUAAUGAGAAACUGGUUCAAAUUUGCUACCAAGAACGACAUGACUUCGUGGAUAAUGCACGGCCCAUUAUUGAGCUGGUACUGGAGUGGCCAGAUGUUUCCCUACGACAACGACAUCGAUAUCCAGAUGCCCGUGGAAGAAUUGGUCAAGUUGGGCGAAUUGUACAAUCAGACUUUGGUGGUGGAGGAUCUCAACGAAGGCUACGGCAAGUUCCUCAUUGACGUGGGGACCUAUAUCCACAACAGAGACGUCAGCAAGAGGUCCAACCAUAUCGACGCCAGAUUUAUCGAUGUCGACUCGGGAAUAUACAUUGAUAUCACCGGUCUCAGUACCAGCAAGGAAGCAACCCCCAAAAAUUACUAUAAGAAUAUCAACGACAGCGAAGACGAGGGCACCAUCAUGAAUGAAGACGAAGAGAAGGAGGUUUACAAUGAUCGUAGACUUCACUACUACAACUUUGAGCACUUGAGUCCUCUCAAGAUGUCUAUGUUCAGUGGUGUUCCAACCUAUAUCCCCAACGAAAUUAUUCGUCGUUUGAAGUUUGAGUAUCCUAGAGGUGGUUUGGUCAGCUACGAGCACAAAGACUGGUAUUUCGUUCCAAAGUUACAGAACUGGGUCCAUCAGGACCAGUUGUUGAGCGUGGUUGAUCCAAACGACUACUUAGAAGGCACUGAUGUAUCAAAGAAUAAGCUCAUCACUUUAGCAAAGACGAUUAGCGACGAGCAAUUGCAUGGAAUUUUGGCACAAAGUGAACCAUUGCAAUUGGAAUUCAGUCACUCCAAGGGAUUGUACGACUUCCACAAGGCCGAACUCAGUUACUUGGUCAAGUACGAUCAAGACAAACCAAAAGGACCAAACGAUCCCUUAGACAAGCAAGGAAAAAUGUUGGACAACUAUGAAUCUGGCAAGAACGAGGAAUACGACGCAUUAGUCAAGAAGACUGUCAGGUUGGACAAACCACUUAGAAUGUCGCUCUUCGAAUACGAGCAUCUCAGAGACGUUCCCGCAAAACACAAUUAAUCAAACCAUGCAUUUUCACUUCUUAACUUCGACAGCCAUUACUAUGAAUCAAUGAUCAUAUCUGUAUAAUUAGCUCCAUAUUUAAUACCAUAAUUCAAGCAUUAAUAGUAUACAAAAUGAUUACGAUAGCAUGAAAAUUAUCAAAAGCGUCAU